CGUUGGUUAAAAUGUCUUAGCUUAUUUUUGGCUCCCUUUAGCUUUCUUGUAUGCUAUUAUUUUCUACUUACAUCGUAAUCAGUUACUUCUGGGGUGCAAAACAAUUCUUACUCCAGUGUUAGGAGAACUACAAUUCCCAUAAUGCACCACACGGCUAGGUUCCCCGGGAGCGCAGGGUCGGCCCCGGUGCACGCCGGGAGGAGCGAGUCCUGCAUUGGAGAAUCAUGGCGGGGUCGGCGAUCACCGCGAAGCUGUACUCGGCGCUGUUCCGCAGGACCUCCACCUUCGCCCUCACCAUCGCCGUGGGCGCCCUGUUCUUCGAACGCGCCUUCGAUGAAGGCGCGGACGCGAUCUACGAGCAGAUCAACCAGGGGAAACUUUGGAAGCACAUCAAGCACAAGUAUGAUAACUAGUGAUUUCCUGAGACCUCCAUCCAGAGUGGAGUGGAAGGACCAAGCUCACCCACCAGCUGUUUUCCUAGAGAUGGGAAUCAACUUGAAGAUGAUGCUUGAGUUACUUCUUAUGGACCAUCUCUAACUGCUGGAAAGAAUUGGCUUCACCAACUUUCGAAUUGCUGCUGUGUUUGCAAUAUGUGUGGUUUGAGUCAUCAGCCAAUAAAUGUAAAUUCUUAACCU